AUGGCCUCGUCAGCUAAGGAUUGUCUAAUAAAGCUUGCAAAUGCCAAUUUUAAACGAAAUGGGGCACAAACAGCAUCUUUUUUUUUCAAAUCACCCAUUUCUGAUUUCCAAAUCACACCGCCAUCAAGUAAUAUUUCAAACCUGUCAUGGGUAAUUACAGGUCCUAUGAAAUCCACAAUGCUCAGAGCGAUAGCUGGUGAAUAUGUUUCCAUACCAUCAUCAUCUAGAGAGUACCCGUUGAUUACCGAGCCAUCGAAACAACUUCAGUUCCUUGACUUUAAGGAUAAAUCUGGAUUGGAUGUUGUUCACAUGUCGGCAAGGUACGAGUCUCUAUCAUACAAAGGUAAACUUGAAAUGUCCGAUGAUGUUAAUUCUGUGUUUAAUUACAUUACUGGCUUGAACAAUUAUAAUACACAAGAAAGAGAAAUAGACAAGAGCUAUAUCGAGGAGUUGAUGAAAUUGUUCAAUUUAACGCAUCUCCAACUGAAAUGGAUCAAUUCCUUAAGUAAUGGACAAAUGAGACGCGCACGAAUUGCAAAAUCCUUAAUGUUUAAACCAAAUUUGUUGAUUAUCGAUGACCCGUUCUUGGGAUUAGACCCAAGUAAUACCAUAAAAGUUAGUGAUGCAUUACAAAACGUUCAUGACCAUCUUGAUAUCGCAAUAGUUUUGGGGUUAAGAGUUCAAGAUGAACCUCCUAGUUGGAUCCAAAAAUCGGCAUACAUUGAUGAUUCAGGGUUACUAGUUGAGGAUCAGGAGUCUAAUUUAGAAAUAGGUCAUUCUGUUGAGAAAUUGAAAAAGCGAAAUCUGCAUCUUCAAGCACAAGCUGCUCCCAAAUUGACGAAAAUCGAACAAACGCAUAUUACAGAGACGCCACACAUUGAAUUCAAUAAUGCAAGAGUAAAGUAUAAGGAACUAACGAUUUUCCAAAAUUUCAAUUGGAAAAUUUUGCGUGGCGAGAAAUGGCGGAUUAUGGGUGAUAAUGGUACCGGUAAAACAACUAUACUUUCGUUGAUUAAUGCCGAUCAUCCUCAAAGCUGGCGAUCUGUACUUUCUAUUGAUGGUAUAGUUCGUGAGACUGGUAGUGGGGUCACUUUCUUUGAUGUCAACAACCAGAUUGGUAUUUCUUCGCCCGAAUUGCAUGCUUUGAUUCCCCAGCAUUCAAAAACCAUGCUUGAUGUGAUAUACAAUGGACUUGUCCCCGAUAUUGGUAAUUCUAACUUUGCAUACAAGGCCAAUUGGAAAAACGUCGAUAAAGAGGCCAAAGUCAGAGUAGAGUAUAUUCUCAAUGCUUUUAAAGAAAGGAUCGAUGUAAGUGGUGAUGCAAGGUUUGUUGAUUUGAACAUGACUGAUCAAAAGUUGGCAUUGUUUUUGAGAGCAAUAGUUAAAAAGCCGGAGAUCUUGAUCUUGGACGAAGCAUUCUCAUGCAUGGAAGAUGAAAAAGUUAUGCAAAAAUGUCACGACUUUAUUGCCAGUGACCCAUUAUUUGACAAUAUGACUAUUCUAUCGAUUGGACAUAUUGAAUGGGAAUUACCCAGAUACGAUUACAUGUUGAAAUUGAUUGGUGAUGAAGAGAGGAACUACGAAGUUUACAAAGUGGAUAGACAAUAA